UAACCCAUAUAAAAUACGACACAAAAUGUUUUUAUUAAGAGCCAUGAAGGGUAAAAGGGACGUUCGUGAAUCGAAUAGGAAAUAUCCAUUCAUUUCAUUAUUCCGAAAAAAUCCUAAGAAUCAAACUAAAGAGCUACAGGAAGAAAUAACUAAUCCUUCUAGAAAAUCCAAGAGUGAAGCUCAUGCCAUGGAUAUGGAGAUAUCAGAAGCUGGUAGAAUCGAUCAUAGUAACAGAGAUUGCGCUGGAGCCAUCAAUACUUCCUCAUUACAUUCUGGAGUUGGGAUUCAUUAUAAUAACGCAGGCGGUGUUGGAGAUAUUCUGGUACCUGCUUUAUCCGAUUCAAAUCAGUAUUAUUAUCACGAAAAAACCGCUACCCCGAAUGACAAUGUCUGGAACAAAUCAUAUCCGUACGUUCAAAAUUCGGAGUACGAUGAUUCGAAUUUAAAGACCGAAGGAGACUUGCUUAAAUAUGCUUCUAAGGAACAUUAUUAUUAUCCGGCUACCGAUCAAAAUGAUGGGGUAGGAUAUGAAUACCAAAAUAAAGAAUAUUACGCAGAGAAUCAUAAUUUUAAGAUGUGGGGAGACGCCUAUCAACAAGGCUAUUAUGACGGUGCGGCUAAAGUUCAGAAAAACGCGUAUUCUGGCGAUGUGCAUGAGGCUUAUUAUUACGAUGCAGGUGCUAUUGAGACAAAAGCAUAUUAUGACCCUCUCACGAGUGCGUAUUAUGAUUCCGGUGAAGUUAAGAAAAACGCGUAUUCUGGUGAUGUAAAUGGUGCCUAUUAUCAUGAUGCUGGUGCAUUUGAGGUACAGACAAACGUAUAUUCUGGAGCUGUCACUCAUGCGUGUUAUAAUGACAGCGCAGUUGAAAAAAACGCAUAUUCUGGCGAUGUAUAUGAUGCCUCAUAUUACGAUACAGGUGCAAUUGAGGUUCAGACAAACGCAUAUUCUGGAGAAGGAACUGAGGUGUGUUAUGAUAUCAGUGUAGUUGAAGUUAGGUCAAAUGCGUAUACUGACCCCAUCUCCGGUGCAUAUUACGAUUCCGGCGCAGUUAAAAAAAACGAAUAUUCUGGCAAUGUGAAUGAAGCCUAUUCUUAUGAUGCCCCUGCAAAUGAGUUUCAGACUAGUGGAUAUUCUGACGCGGUACCUGAUGCGCGGUAUGUUAAUGACGAUUAUGGAUAUACGGAUUAUAAUUACGACUAUGCAAAUAAAAAUUUUGAUGGAGUCCUAGACUUUGAUAACCCUUCUCAUAUGACAUCACUGGAAAACAAUGAGACAUGGACACAUUAUACUGAUCAAGUCGUACAAUGAUGGAAAAUAAACUCAAGCUUUAUCUACAAAUUUUGAACGAUC